UCGGUCAAGGUCACAUUUAGAGGAGCUCUGCAAGCUUUGAACCUUGGGAGCGCACCGUUUCAUUAUAUACGAGGAAAAGUUUCAUGUAGGCCUAACCUACCUGAAUAGAGCGUGAUUUGGGUGAGAAAGAGGAGCAGUGUCGUGAGAGCGCGUGAAGAGGGUCAUUCCAGCUCCGGGCUCAUUUUUACAGCGCAGCGUUGUGAGGAUUUUGAGAACGGCCUGAGUAGGUUAUUUGCGUUCAGUGGUUGCUUAGAGACCAGGCUGUAUACACCGUAGCUUGUGACCCAGUAAAACAAAUCCAAGAGGCAAGUCUCUCUAGGCCUGCUUGGUCAUUCCCUGUCACGAGAUGAACACAUCAAGCCGAGACCCCUUUCCAUUUCCUCAGCCAGAAAACGAUAACACCUUCACGGGGACCAAGCCAUUACAGAGAGAGAUCUCUGAUAAACCAACUCAUCUGGCCCAGUACGAAGAGCCGUGGAGCCGCCUCUACGUCACUGCGACGUCAUCGAGCAGCAGCAGGACCGUGACGCACCACGGCCGAAAGGUUCCCCACGACAGCCUCGACUUCCACCUGAAGUCCCUCUAUGACCACCACGAAGACUUCCUCCGCACCAGGAACCAGACCUUGUACCAGCCGGAGACCGUCUCAGGCGACAUUAGGAGGACACUAAAAGAACGUGAAAAGCAAGAAAUGCAGCAAAAGAAUCUUAAAAACGACAGCAUCAGGGUGUGGAUAACCCCCCAGAAGUGCUCCAUUUACAGCAUCAAAGGAACCAUAGAGUCCCACCAUAACGCAAACAGGGGCUACUCGAGGAAACACGACGGGGGCUUCUACUCCACCUGAAGGCCCCUCCCACGCUGUAAAACUACAACCAUGGGGAGGUGGAUAGUGGAGGAGGCAAAAUAAAUUCCUUCUCAAGAUGC